UAGAAGGAGCUAUAAAUGGUCUCCUUAUCCUGGGGCUUCGUACAGAUCGCCAAGAUGAAAACCCUCCAAACUCUCCUCAUGUUGGCUUCUAGCCUGUCCAUCGUGAUGAUGGACCCAGACUACAAGUCUCUGUCGGGCUUAAGAGAAAUGAUCAUCUGCAAGAUCCCCAGCAGCUGGCCUCUGCUGGACUACGGAGACUACGGCUGUUACUGUGGAAAGGGAGGUGCUGGGACACCCGUGGAUGACCUGGACAGGUGCUGCCAGACCCAUGACCACUGCUAUGACCAAGCCAUGAAGCUUGAGGCCUGCUGGCCUGUUUUGGAAAACCCUUAUACCCUACCCUAUUCCUACAACUGUGACAAGGCAAACAAGACCAUCACCUGCGAAGAGUCCAACACUGUCUGCGAGAUGUUUGUUUGUGAAUGUGACAGGCAUGCAGCCAUAUGCUUUGCUGGGGCGGGCUACAACAAGGAGCACCACAACAUGAACCAAGAGCUCUGCAAGUGAGCCGAGCAGCAGCUCCAUCUCAUCACAGCUUGUCUGUUAGUCUUUUUCACGAGACCCUUGCAUGCAACCAUUGAGCUAUAAAGAAAUAAAUAUGCAGUGAU